UAAGCUACCCGGUAGGUCUUUGGUGUUACACCAGCGUUUGCUAGCAAAACUACUUUUCUUUUGUAUUCGCUGGUUUUGUAGGUUAAAACAUUAAAUACAAUUAUUUUUUCCGUCUUCAAACCGAAACGACAUGGCGGGGAACUUUUGGCAGAGUUCACAUUACCUUCAGUGGGUUCUGGAUAAACAAGACCUAAUGAAAGAGCGCCAGAAGGACCUGAAAUUCCUCACAGAAGAGGAGUACUGGAAGCUGCAGAUUUUCUUUGCAAAUGUGAUCCAGGCUUUAGGUGAGCACCUGAAGCUGAGACAGCAGGUCAUCGCCACAGCAACAGUCUACUUUAAACGCUUCUAUGCCAGGUAUUCUCUGAAGAGUAUAGACCCGGUGCUCAUGGCUCCGACUUGCGUUUUCCUGGCUUCUAAAGUAGAGGAAUUUGGAGUUGUGUCCAACACCAGGCUGAUCUCUGCAGCAACAUCUGUUUUGAAAACAAGAUUUUCUUAUGCCUUCCCAAAGGAGUUCCCUUACAGAAUGAAUCAUACUGACCGUAGACCGCUCGUCUCUCCCCAGAUAUUAGAAUGUGAGUUCUACCUUCUGGAGCUGAUGGACUGCUGCCUGAUCGUGUACCACCCCUACAGACCCCUCCUGCAGUACGUGCAGGACAUGGGACAGGAAGACAUGCUGCUGCCGCUGGCCUGGCGGAUAGUGAACGACACCUACAGGACGGAUCUGUGUCUGCUCUACCCUCCCUUCAUGAUCGCCCUCGCUUGUCUACACGUCGCCUGUGUGGUGCAGCAGAAAGAUGCCAGGCAGUGGUUUGCAGAGCUCUCUGUGGACAUGGACAAAAUCCUGGAAAUUAUCCGUGUCAUGCUGAAGCUUUACGACCAGUGGAAGAAUUUUGAUGACAGGAAGGAGAUCGCUGCUAUCCUGAACAAGAUGCCAAAACCCAAACCACCACCCAACAGUGAAGGUGAUCAGAGCUCCAACGGGAACCAAAGCAACUCCUACAGCCAGUCUUAGCAGAAACCUCUGUGUUCACGGGGGGGGGGGGGGGAUCCAUAAUGUCAUGAACUUUGGGACGAGUCGAGUUUGUCGGCGUCGCUCUAAAACCCGAUCCAAGCCCUCACAACUCCGAGCACCGAACCGACUCUCCUCCCACUCUUUUACCGUGGACCCUUGGAUCGGAAACGCCCGGAGCGACGAGCCGACCGACCGUUCCCGCUGUCCUCUCCAUCAGGCGGAUGACUUUGACCGGAUAUGAAUAAAAACUGGUGAAGGUGCGAGAGGGAAAACUGCCUGAUCCUGAAGUCCUUGAACCAUCCCUAGGAGCAAAUUAGAACUCUGUGGGAUUUGAGAAAACGUAAUCAUGAGUACUGUAUGUUCACGUGUGUGUGUGUGUGUGUGUGUGUGUGUGUGUGUGUGUGUGUGUGUGUGUGUGUGUGUGUGUGUGUGUGUGUGUGUGUGUGUGUGUGUGUGUGUGUGUGUGUGUGUGUGUGUGUGUGUGUGUGUGUGUGUGUGUGUGUGUGUGUGUGUGUGUGUGUGUGGUCUGGGUGGGGUUUCGUUGCUCAGGGAUCGCUGUAGUUUUCUCCAUCAGUGAACGAUUCUGUGCAGUUGAGUGGAUCUGAUUGGACGUGUGACUAAAGAGUUAGCAUCUUGAUAAAAUCACUGUGCUGUGUUCAUAAACCACAAUUUACUGUUCCAAUCAUGACGAUUCACUUAUUCCCUUCCGUUCUCUCGUCUGUUGUGGAUCGUAUUUUCUGUAUAAUUUUUGCUUUAUUAAUGAAGUUGAUACAAAUGCCGAGUUAAACUUUGUGCUAAGCGCUUCUGCUUGUUUAGUUUUUGGGUGAUUCUUUUAGUCUGGUGCAAAAAUAUAGAACAUUUGUGAGCUAGUUUUCCUUUUGAAGCGUUUGGCUUCGGUUGUUUUCAAGUAUCUGUUUUUGUCGUAAAUAUUUGCUGAAAGGGAUUUAUAUUAAAAACUUUUUUUUUUUGCCGAAACAGUUCCUAGUUUCCUGAAUGGCCUCUGUUUGAAGAAAUAGCUUUAACAUCUUACAGAGCUGAUGAGCUUAAGUCUAAAGUUUGCUGCUAACUUCCUAAAAUGUCUCCAAUCUAACUUUUUUUAAACGUUUUACAGCAAAUAAAUAAUUCCUGAUGUGUGUGUGUGUGUGUGGCUGCAGCAUUUGAUGUUUAUGCUUGUAAACAACCAUGCAUUUCCAUAUAAAUCACAAUGUCAAGUCGACAGCAGUGUAAGAGUUAAUAAAGUUACUUUGCAUGGACUGGAUUAUAGAUUAGCAACAGCAAAGCACUUUAAUCUCGCCCAGAGCUACUCGAGGAAAGGCCUCCAGGGCCGGUAUUCUGCACAUUUUAGUGGUUUCUCUGCUUCAACGCACGAGUCAGCGGUUGAAUCAUCUGUGCAGCAGCUCAUCAGGCUCUGCAGAAGCCUGUUAAUCUGCUGAUUGAAGCAGAGUUGAAACCAAAACGUGCUGGCAGUGGCUACCAGCCCUCGAGGACCAGAACCGAAUAACCCUGGUCUAGCCUGUACCAAGUCUCGCUGUUAGCUUACACGCAACAGUACUGACUAGCUAUUUCUCCUAGUAGAGGCCGUUCAGGAAGCCGUCUGGUAGGUAAUUCCACAAACUAAAACGUGUUUGUGCUCAUGCCUUUAGAUGUGUGAGCGUGUGGCUCUUCACAAGAUGCUUGACAGUCUUGGAAUAUACAAGCUGCUGGUAGCAGUAAAAUCUAACAACACACACCGUCACAGUCGGGAAAAGAGGUUCUAAAGUAGUGCCGACUGGGUUUGUUUUUGCUUGUUUUGUGGCACAGCCAGAAAAAAAUAAUGAAGUUUUCUUUUGAACUGUAAUAAACAAGCUGCUGACUUCACACAAAAGAA